GUACACCUGGUACAAGCUCAACGAAUGGAUGCAGGUUGAGAUUCUGCAGAUUUUCGGCCAGAGUCUGGAAACAGAGCCCUGGUACCGCUUCCCAUAUGUUCAAUUCAUGAAGGUCUAUUUCGACGUUCUCUUUCAAGAAUCGAGCAUCGUGCAGCGAAAGCUGGGCAUGAAGAAAGCCUUCGGAAGCAUGGCCUUUGUGACCUCCCUGGUGCCUGGAAUCAUCAUGGCUUUGUUUUUCGCACAGAUAAAGCUGCUUGCAAGGCCGCUGCUUUCAAUCCCCUCCAGCUGGGGGUUCGGUGAAAGUUACGAUGAAGCACAAGCCGUGGAACAACUGGUCGUGUUGCGCCCAAGAGAUGCACCAGAAGUGGAUUGGAAGAAGCUUGAUGAGCGGAUCACGGAUAUUGCAUGUCCUGUGGCAGGCUUAUUCACUAUGAAGGUUCCAACCUUCAAGGUCCUCACCGACAUUUGCAAGAUCUUUGCUAAAGAUGAGAACAUGACGGCUCAUGGCAUGAAGGCCAUGAAGCCAAAGCCCCAUGAAGGCCUCAACGCAAUCGAUGCCACGAAGGGCCUAUUGCUAGGGCGCGUGGAAGACUGGGCCGUGCGGCGAUGGCAGUAUGUCUUUGUCUUUCCCCUCGACACCGACAAUGACUUCUGGUCCGCACCAGCUCCAGAACCCAAUGAGAUGUGGGAAAGGAUCUUCACACGUUUGGACGGGACUGCUGAGAUGACCUUCAAAGAAGGGACCACGAACAAGCAGUUCCAUGAAGCUGUAUUCGAUGAGCUGGUUCGGAUCCUCAGUGGGCCGCAGUGCGGCUUCGAGAUCAAAACGUUCAGGACCAUAGAUGAAGACGAACUCUUCCUGCUGGUCAGCCUGCGCGAUCCAGAGGCGGUCAAGGCCAUUGCCGAGGAUGAGGAGUUUCCAGCCAUGCUCCGACAUGAUUCUGCGUAUGCCAAGCACACCUGCCCAACGGACAUCACAACAGGUCGUGAAAGUUUCUGGCUCUGUGACUUUGGCGAGCUCUUGGAUGGCACAAGACACACGAAUCGGUAUCCUGGAUAUGUCAGAUUCACUACGAGCAUGGACGACCUCUGCGAGGAUUUCAAUGCGGCAGAUCGCAUCCGAUUAGCUCGGCGUCGCAUCCGGAGGUUUGUGCGCUUGCAGGCCCUUCUCUCGGAAAAAGUGGUGAACCAGUUCUUUUGCGCCCAUACGUGGACAGACCUGCAGUAUUUUUACAAGAACAAACGUUGGAAUGAUCCAUGCAACCUCUCGCAGUGGCCAGCAGAGCACCUUCCAGAUUGUAUUCAGCAAUACUUUGGAGCAGACCUGUCUUUCUUCUUUCAUUGGUUCAACGCUUAUACGCGCUUCCUGUUGGUUCCUGCUCUGCUGUCCACGCCGAUGCUUUUGCAAGACGCUUUCUUCAAGGAGUCCAUCCCUGACCAGGUGCGCUGGGGAGAGUCAGUGGCUUUCUCAAUCUUCCUGGGAGUGUGGUCCACCACCUUCCUGGCAAGGUACAAGCACCUGAAGAAUCUCAAGGUCCUGAAGUGGGGCAUGAAGCAUCAUGAUACCGGCGUGGCCGAAGUGCGGAGGCAGUUCAGCGACAAAUACAGGGACAGCUGGGGCGAGUAUUGCCAGCAGCUCUUCCACUGGAUGCUCUGUGCUGCCUUCAUGGCCGAAACAGUUUUCGUCACGCUUUUCGCGCCCCUUCCGCACAACCCAUGGACGAGCAUAGCUGAGGAGAGAAUGAUCAACAAAAUCGAUCAGUUCUAA